AUGGCCAACAACCAGAACCAGCCUAGCCUUGGGGCGCUAAAGGUCAGAGAAUGCGACCUCUUCCUAUUGGAGCAAUGGAAUGCCGAUGCGGCCGUACCGCCCGAUCAGCAGAUGACCGAGAUCUUUGACCGAUUUCUUCAACUCUCCGUUGCUGAGCGCCAUGUAGGUCCCCCACUAAUCUCUGGAGGUGCAGGCUCGCGGCCUCUGGUCGGCCAGCAGUUUGCCACAGGCCGACAGGAAAUCCUAGCCCACGCGCGGCCGUUCAAGGAGCGCAAUGUCCGGGGUGCCAUCUGGCUGCGGACGUACUACGGGCCCGGCAGCGACUCGGCCAUGGCAAACUUCCUGUCAGGCGUGAUUGACGGGCCUAGCGAGGUCGAUGAUGCCUUGCUGUAUUCGGAUCCCGUCUUGUACAACUUUGUGCCGGAUUGGGAUCGCAUCUUUCGCCGAAUCCCGCAACUCCUUGACGUGCCUCACGGCGACACGUACGAGGCAGGUCGGCAAGAAGAGCUGCGCAAAGGCCGGAGUUGGCAGCGUAGUGAGAAGAGGGACAUCGAGGCAGGCGGCGGCGAGUGGCCAGAGGAUGCAACCUAUCUGGGCGUCCUCUCCAACUCUAUCACCUUGCGUGUCAAGUGGGCACAGUUGUCGUCCUCGACGAGGAGAGGCUGGGGCCAAAUGUUGCGGGUGGCCAACAGAGGAAGGCGCUCCUGGCAUGGUACGAGGACGAUGACGACGACAAAACGCGGCGUGCUCGGCAACAAACCCGUGUCUCGAGGGCUGCUGCAGCCAUGCGACACGAUGGAGCCGGAAGCCAUCCCGGCUGGGGCGCUGACCCAUAUCAACCUUGCCUUCAUUGAGUUUAACGACAACUGGAAUCUGCAGGACGUUGGCGGAGAUCUCGUCGCUCGCGUGUCAAAGCUCAAGCUCACGUAUCCGGGCCUCCGCGUCAACGUCGCCAUUGGCGGAUGGAACUUCAACGACCUGCCCACGUCGACCCGCCAGAUCUUCAUCCAAUCGGUCGUCUCGUACCUCACCAAAUAUGGCCUGGACGGCAUCGACAUUGACUGGGAGUGCCCAACGGCGCCGGACCGCGGUGGCAAACCCGAUAAUACGCAGAACUACGUGCUCUUAUUGUCCGACAUGCGCGACGCCUUUGACGCGAAUUUCGACUUGCCCGAAAUGGAGAAGUACAUCUCGUGGUUCAACGUCAUGAGCUACGACCUGCACGGCAUGUGGGACCAGCUCAACAAAUACACGGGCCGUUAUCUGCAGGGACACACCAACCUCACCCGGAUUGACCAGGGCUUCCAGCUGCUCUGGAGAGUUGGCAUCGACCCGGCCAAAUGCCAGUUCUCGGCGGUCGGCAUGGCGGGCGACUAUUCCAAAACGCCCGGGAUUCUGUACUACGCCGAGAUCGCGUCGACCAACCGGUCCAUCAACGUGGCCACGUACUACGAUCCCGUCUCCACGGUCAAGGUCAAUGUGUUUAACGGUAACCAAUGGAUCUCGUACGACGACGAGAAGUCCUGGGCGGAUAAGCUCGCCUACCUGACGGGGCACUGCCUCUCGGGCCUCAUGAUCUGGGCCAUUGAUCAAGACACCGGCCAAUACGAUGCCCUCUCAGGCCUCCUGGGCGCCGGUGUCGUCGCCAACGGUCUCCUGCAAGGCGGCAGUCUUUCCGAUGCGCAGAAGACAAACCUGGUGAACCAAUUCGGUGCCUACACGGGGCAGGACUGUUUCCGGCCUGGUUUCUACGUCGGCGGCACUUGUCCCGAGGGAUCUUUCCGCUACAUCUGCUGCCCUACUUUCUCGAUGCCCAAGAACUGCCAGUGGAACGGCGCGCCGAUACGAAGCGAAGUUGGGUGCAGCGGCUUCUGCGGGGCGGACCAGUUCCAGCUUAACAUCGACACUUAUGUAGACGCCACCGCUGAUGAAGGUCCCUGCUACGACGGUCAUCGUUCACUGUGCUGCGACAACACCGAGAUCCUGAACCAAUGCCCAUGGACCGGCUGCCGGGUCCGACAGUCGAUCUGCCCUCAUGUCCCUCCGGCACCACGCUGCAGACCAUACGUUACGACGACGGCAACGGCCAGCUGUGUUCUGUCUCCAUGGGCGACGCUCCAGAUGUCUAUCACUCUUUUGUGCAAGGGUUCUGCUGUCCGACGAAUGAUCAGCCCCAGAACUGCUCCUGGACGUUUGACGAAGGCACAACCUUCGCAAAGGAUAUGCCUGCCCACGAUAUGCCCGGCCACCCCGGACGAGGAGACUGGAUCCGACAUCAUAUGGGCGUACCAGGACAACUACGGGAACAACGAUGCUGAACUCUCGCCGGACGAGGCAUACGGCGACGAUCCCUACGGCUUUGUCAUUCUGGAUGGCCCUCCGGGAUCCGUGGACGCGACUUUCCACGCGGCCUACACAGUGGCGCGUUCUUUCACCGAGGACAACGCGCCGCUGGGAAAACGUUCGCUGUUGACGACCAACCGCACGCGUAUCAAGACGGCAUUUGAGUACACUAGCGAGGUACUCUACGUUUUCUGCAACUACCCAGAUUCGUCCCCGCGCUGCCAGAAACGUUUCCAUGACGGCGCUGAAGACACCAUCAUUAAGCUGCCAAAUCACCGCAUGAAGAUCGACUAUGAGUUCGGCGCCAUCAAGCGCGACUCCGGGCCCGUCAACAUGCGCAUCGACUUCACUAACCUUCUCGACUACUGGGAGGACGUGACCGACACGCCAGCCAAGGUGCGGCGCGAGCUGCAAGACGGCCAGGCCCUCUCGUACCGGGACUGGCGCCACAGAGUAGGCCGGGCCAAGACGUCGCACGAGCGCAUGCGUAGGCGGCAGGCCGACAUCAUGGCCGGCAAGACCACGCACCUCGAGGCGCGGGACAACGGCAUGGAGCACGAGACGCCGCGGGCCAAGCGUUGUUUCGGCACCUUCGGCUCGCUGGGCAUUAUCCUGCAGAAGAGCAUCCUGCUCUACCGUGCGUUUGUCGACUGUGCGCGCACCAAUGCCCAGCUGAACAUCUACCUGGACGCCGAGGCUUCAAUGGACGCCACCUACGCGUAUUACUACUCGGGUGCCCUGGGCGGUCUCGUGCCCACGGCCACGUACGCCUACUUCGCCAUGCAGCCGAGCGUAUACCUCGGCUUAACAGCCAUCGGCAGCGCCCGCCUGGAGUACCGCAGCCCGCGCGUGAUGCUAAUUCCAACCCUCUCUUAUCCCGGCCUCGCGAUCAAGGGACUCGCCGCCGUGGGCCCGACGCUGGACCUCUACGGACAAAUCGUAGGCGUGGUGCAGCUCAGCGGCACGAUGCAGGUCGGCGCGCGCUACACCUUUGAGCGCGCCGAGAUGUACUGGCCCGACGACGGCGAGGCGCCCGCCGAAGUUUCGGGAUUUUGUGAGCCCGCCCGACACGUGCUCCGCCCAUACCAGCUCCAAGCGCGCGACAACUGCGGCAUCGUCCGCGACUCGCAGGUCAACAACGCCGGCAAGAGCGCCACGGUGCCCGGAAUCUGCCGGAACAUGCAGAACUUCUUCCAAGCGCGCGGGCUCAGUAACAGCGGGCUGAGCCUGACCUGGGACCCCGUCAACGCCAACCCGCGUCGCAGCUUCGCCUGCAGGGUGACCAACCGGAACAAGCAUGGGAGCAGCUACUGCUUCACCGACAAUGUGAUCUACACCACGGCGGUAGGGCUUUCCACGGGCGUAGCCCUAGUCAGCUGCGACGAGUACCCGCUCGCCUCUGCAGAGGAAGGCGGUGGCUACUUUGGCACUCUCGCCAAUAGCGUGACGGCCAUUUCGACACUGUGCGUGCCCGUGUGGCAGCAGACGCUGCAGGACAACUGCAACGGCCUCAUGAGCGGGCUGAGCACCAACGUGGCCUACUUGACGACCCCACAGCCGCGGCCAACUGGCAGCAGUGGGGCAACGGCGGCGCCUUGGGGACGGCUCGCCACGUACCCGGGCCAGAUCCCCCAGGCGGCGGGCAUUUCCUCGGCCGUGUACGGGCCCAACGCCGCGGGCGAGUACGGCGGCUACGGGAAUGUCCCCGCGUUUUCAAAGUGUACCGUCAUUUUCUCGGGGCUGGCGCCGGCGCCGAACAGCAAGCGUGACGAGAAUGGGGCCGAGGUGGAAGCCGAGGACGAGGAGAUUGUGGGCAGGUUUAAUGGGUGGGGCGUAAAGAGAGUAAUCAUCCAUGAGGACGCCGAAGAUUCUAUACCGGCGCCGGGGUUCGUUCCCGAUCCGUCGCACCUGAUGGCUGCCGAGAUCCUGAGGAAGGACGUCAAGUUUGUCCCCGAGGCUCGAGGUGGCAGCACCCCAAACGGGGAAAUAAGCCGAUUAGUGGGAACAAGCGGCACGGGCGCCCAGGGCCUGCCGGCAGUCCGCGAGCUCUACAGGACGGCAAGUACGCCGUGCGGGUGCUGGGGCGCCUUCGACGGCUUCGCCACGGGCGAGGCCAUGGAGAUGUUCUUGACAGUGCGGUGCUUCGAGAUCGCCGCCGAGAGCGGCGUCAGCUUCUACGUCCGCGGCAACCUCGACUACGGCAUCAAGCUGAGCGGCUACGAUUCUCGCUACCGCUGCGGUCACUACGACGGCAAGGGCCGCAUCGGCGAGUGGGUCCGGCUGCAGCGCGCCGCCGCCAAGACGACGGACGGAGGCGCCGGUGCCGGCAUGAAGGCCGCCCUGUUCACCACGGGCUUCUGGCGGCUGUUUCAGGCCUCCGGGUCCAACAAGGGCAUCAUCCGCAUGGACUACGCGCUGCUAGACGAGAUCCAUCCGGCCCGGAUCAGGAGCCGAAAGAUUUGA